AUUUUGCUACAGCUCAAUCAUCUUCUUCGACGCGUAGGGGUGGGAUUUUCAAUCCAUUAAACCCUAAUCCUCUCUCCCCCAAAUUUUUCGUUUGUAGAUUGAGUUUGGCAAGAAAAUCCAAUGGGGAAGAAGAAGAAGAAGAGAGGAGCUGUAGAUAAGAUGUGGUGCUACUACUGCGAUCGGGAAUUUGAAGACGAGAAGAUAUUGGUGCAGCAUCAGAAGGCCAAGCACUUCAAGUGCCAUGUCUGCCACAAGAAGCUCUCCACCGCCGGCGGCAUGGCCAUCCAUGUCCUUCAGGUCCACAAGGAACAAGUCUCCAAGGUUCCAAAUGCAAAACCUGGAAGAGAAUCGACUGAGAUUGAGAUUUAUGGAAUGCAAGGGAUUCCACCCGAUGCAUUGGCUGCUCAUUAUGGAGAAGAAGGCAUUGUACCUUUUUAUGCAUUGUUCCUUAUUCUUUGCUCAUUAUUGGGGUACAGCUUUGUUAAUUUUGGAGUUCAUAGUUAUAUGAUGUUGAAUGGCAAACUGAAUCAAGAAGAUACUCCAUCAAAAGCUGCUAAAGUCGAUAUUCCUUCCGCCCAACUUGUUGGUAGUUCAAUACCUGGAUCAGUUGGGUUUCCUCCUCAGCCAACUUUGGGAUCAAUGCCCCAUGUUUAUAAUCCCAGGCUUCCUGUGCCUCAAAUGGGUUGGCAAGUUCCACCUCGCCAACUACCCUUGUAUCCUCAACAUCUGGCUCUUUCGGUACCACCUGCACAAGUGGGAUUGCCUCAACAGCCUCUGUUUCCUGUGCAUAAUGCACAUCUGCCUAUUCCAUCAGCAAUGCCUACUUUGAUCCAACCAUCAACAAUCACUCCUCCAGGGAUGCCUGCGACUGCACCACCUCCUGUUCCAGUUUCUCAGCCUUUAUUUCCUGUGGUUCCUAACAAUAUUAUUCCUCCUCAAAGCUCGCCAUUUUCUGCUUCUGUGUUGCCAACGAGCGUACUUAGUGGAUCCUCUGCAGAAAUGAAGAGUUCCGAGCUUCAAUUUGCAGGCAGUUUGUCUGUUAACAGCUACCAGUAUGGAAUUCCAGGUUUGCCUUCCUUUCUCAACCUUCGUUUCGUGUAUUAUGGUGAGGCCGUUGCUUUUACAUCUGACGCAAAUUUAAUGAAUGAUUUGGGAGGCGUUACUCCUAUGAGUUCUCAUUCUUAUGCCUCCGGCCCAAAUACCGAUGGCCCUUCUAUCGGGCCACCUCCAGUAAUUGCAAACAAGGUUCCUGCUACUCAACCUGCUACUAAUGAGGUGUACUUGGUGUGGGAUGAUGAGGCUCUGUCCAUGGAGGAAAGAAGAAUGUCCUUGUUGAAGUAUCAGGUGCAUGAUGAGAAUAGCCAGAUGAGCUCAAUUGAUGCAGCAAUUGACAGAAGGAUAUCUGAGAGCAGGCUUGCUGGCCGCAUGGCUUUUUGAAAGAUGCAGAAAAUGUACCUUUGCAGAUUCUUUUCUAAAAUCUGGUUGCUCUAACCUACUCUUUUUCUUGCAAUUCCAUCUCAUUUACGUGUUAUUUCUCCAGACAAAAUGUUGAAGGAUAGAUAAGCCUGUUCAUAAAGUUCGAAUAGUAUUUUCUUGGGCUUUGGCAAUCUGAGUUUGUCAUUAAAUUCUAAACUAGAAGUACUGAGAGCAAUGCGGUUUGAUUUUUUCUUGUUUGAAAAACCACCAUUUGUAUAAGACUAGUAACAACAGGUGU